AUGAAUUUACAUAUUUGCUUUUCAACACUAUUAUUAUUGUUAUUACUAAUUGAAACAAUAGUAUCUCGUCCAGUGAUGCAAAGAAUUCGGAUUAACAAUCAUCUAUGGGAAGUGCCGAAUGAAUCUGGAUGGGAAGAAGUAUUGAAAGAAGCGACAGAAAUUCAACAACUUCUACAUGACUGUCCAACAGCAGCUGAAUGUCGUCGACUAGUUAAAGAUUUACGUACUAUCUUUCAGUAUUAUCCUGUUUCAAGAAAAUAUUUCGAAUCCAAUGAGAAAAAUGCUGAUGAUAUACUAGCAUCGAUAUUUAAAUGGGGUUAA